AUGUUUAUUCGGUCAGACCCCAGCUCACCGACAAAGAAAACCGGAAUGGCAGUUGCGACGAAGAGCAACGUGCUUGCCGUGUUAAACCCUGGGAGCACAGGGAAUGUUGUGUGGCGAAGGGAGUUUGACCAAGCUGAGGGUCGGAUACUACAGUACAAGACUCACCGCGAUGCCCUGGUCUCUAUAUCCGGACCUGGGGGGUCACACGUCCGAUUAUUUGAAGCAUUUACCGGAAGCCUGCUUUGGGAACGCCAGCUGCACUCGCCGUCGCUGGGGCGCUUACUCGAACCUGCCAAUCUCGGGGUAGACAUUACGUUCUGGCACGAACUGAGCGAUAUUGACGCGUAUGUUCUCACCAAUGGGCACACAGUCAGUCGAUUGGAGGGAAAGUCAGGAAAGACAGUUUGGAGCUGGAACACAGAUGAUAUCAGUACCCUCUUGACACGCGUCGUUCUCUCAUCGACAUCUAUACAUACCGUUGGUCUGAUUAAAACCGAUUCUUAUGCCCUGACGAUCACCACACUGGACCGCCAAACUGGCGCUCUGGUUUCCCAGUCCCAAGUACCCUCGCAAAUCACACGUGGAAUGCGAGAUGUGUUUGUGCUCAAUACUCAUGAUACAAAAGCGCCUGCUGUGGUGUGGUUCGAGAAGCACGAUGGAACAUUACACUCGGUUGUAUUAGAUUCGAAUAUCUUAUCGCCUGAAAUCGCAUCGACCAAGACCAGGUUUGCCAAGGUGCACGAUGUGCAACUUGACAAUGAAGGGUUGUUUGUUGCCGAGACCAAAGAUGAGCUUCCGUAUGUAUUUGGUAUGUAUUCGACUGGGCUGAAGCAAGAAUGGGAUUUCGAUGAUUCGGCUGUCUCCAAGAGUGAAACUCCAUCGUUGUUUAGCGGGUCACUUGAUCGAGAGGGAAAUGCGUACAUUGCUCGCGUAUUUUGGUCUCUCAGUACCGGCCUUGCCCAUAUUCACACGUACGCUGCUCAUGGAUCUGAAGGAAAAGGAAUCAGUACUGGCGCCACCUUCCCCUUCAAUACUGCUGAACACGGGGUGAUUUUGCACUGUGCCAUUGACGCGUUCAUGCCCCACUCUUAUAGCAUUCAACACCGCAUGCUUUUGACUACAUCGACUGGAGCAGUUCAACUCUGGCAACUACACGAUCUUCAAUGGACGCGUGACGAAGCGUUGACUGAUAUCAAAGUGGCCGCGCUCGUCGAUCUCCCGGAACGUAAGAUUGCGGAAGAGAUUGCGUCAUCCGAGCAUCGAGGGUUCUUGGAAAGGCUGAUUUUUCAUAUCGUUGCUGCCCAGAACCUCCCUCAAUAUAUUGCUCAGUUUUCGAAACGCUUUGCUACAGGGACGUACACUAUCACUCCCGGUUCUUCCUCAUCUCUCGACCGCGACCCAUUCGGAUUCCGUAAAGUGCUCGUCGUAGCUACGGGCUAUGGUACGCUUCUCGGAAUUGACACGGCGCAAGGAAACGUAGUUUGGCGCAAGAUCAUUGGCGUUAGUUCGACCGGACCAGCAGACGUGAUUCCGUUCAAGAUGUUUGUGACCAAGAGCGCACUAGAAGGACCCGAUCCGGAAGUCGUACUCGUCGCAGAGAAAAAGUUGCGCGGAAGGAAAACAAAGACCUCGGUGGUGUUCCAUUUCGCGGCGCUCACCGGACGUUGGGUUUCUGGCGGUGCUGCAGGGAUCCAGGUCUCGGAGACCGAGGUUGCGGAGGCGUUCAUUCUUCCUGGACAAUCGAACACGAUUGGGAUUGUCUCGGCGGACGGAAAGGUUCACGUUUAUCCUAAAUCUCAACCUACAGUCGAUGCAGCUUCUCAGUUAUACUUUACUCGUGCUAUUGGAUCUGAGCUACGCGGCUUUGCUCUCGAAUCUGACCUAUCUACCCCUGCCAUCGAGACAUGGAAGAAAGCGUUCACGUUGCCGGCCACCUUCCCCAAUACCGCUGCUUCCCGCCUCGAAGUCAUCCACCGCUCAGUGUCUCCAAUCGCAUCGUACGGAAAGGUCAUGGGAGACCGGUCGACAUUGUACAAGUACCUCAACCCAAACGUCGCCGCUAUCCUCGCUGCGGAUUGUGCCGUGCGAGUCGUCGAUCUCGUUUCCGGAGCGAUUGUUUUUGAUUCGGGCGCUCUCCCUGCACCAUGUAUACCCCCCAAAGUCGCAUUUGUGGAGAACUGGCUGGUUUAUGCUCAUGAGGUGGGCGGGAACUCUACGGACAAGGGGACCAAGGUCGUUUCUGUGGAGUUGUACGAGGGUCUAGGAAAGGACGAUAAAACUAAUAGCGUUGAGUCUUCGAGUUUUUCGGAGAAGAGCGUCAAACUGCAUGCGAUACAACAAUCAUUCCUAUUUCCAUAUCCUAUUGUGGCCCUUGGUACGACCAGUACCAAGUUUGGAAUUUCUACCAAGGGGCUUAUGUUGGCCACGUGCAAAAACCAAAUUUACCAUCUCCACCGACGCAUUCUCGACCCUCGUCGCCCUCUCCAAAAACCGACGGCUCAAGAUCAGGAAGAGAUGCUCUUCCAGUACGAGCCUGUUCUUCCACCCGACACACGGCGUAUCGUUACGCAUAAAAAUCAAGUCUUGGGGACAAAACACAUCAUUGGGGCUCCGACCCUACUCGAGUCCACAUCCUGCGUGCUCGCAUAUGGUCUCGACCUAUUCCACACCCGAGUCACUCCAUCCGGAACAUUCGAUCUCUUGGGUGCUGGAUUCAACAAGCUACAGUUGUUGUUGACGAUUGUAGGGUUGAGUGUGGCGAUUGUGGUUGUGCGACCGCUUGUAGCGAGGAAGCAGUUGCAUGCGUUCGAACAGUAUAUCGCAGUCUACAAUGCAGCAGAUGCCAACGGAUGGAUAAGUUCGGUAGUAGCGAUUGAACAACAUGCCCUGGAUGCAAUCAAGCGAAUUGGCGAAUUUACACCAGAUAAACCUAAUCAUGACGUGACCAUCUCAGAUCUUCGAUUUAUACUCGAGUUCUCUCGCUCUGUAUCUUCGUAUACCACUCUUGCGUCUCUUCUACUGGCUGGAGGAUGCAUGCGCCUGUUGGCUAUGAUCAAAGCCUUAGGAAAGACUUUUCCGUUCAGCUAUGAGUAUGGAUAUUUGUGCUUUAGGACCAUGACUAUUGCUCUUAGUUGCUGCCUCAUCAGGAAUAACUCUAAACUCGGCAUAGUCACUAAGUAUAUGAAGGAAGAGACUGUCAAAGACUCCUCAUUUAUUGAGACCCUAUCGACGUUUGCCGCCAUGACUGUGGAAUAUGCCAUUGACCAUGCUGCCGGCCCGGAAACAGAGACCUAUAAUUGUCUCAUUGGCUACCUCCAGAACAACUCUAGUUCUCGAUCCCGAAUACUAAUCAUCCCUUUUGUGGAAAUAUUUUGGCGCUCCUAUCUCACCAUUGGCCCCGAACAGCGGCGACCAUUUCAGCUACUCAGUGCAAUCGUGUACCGGGACACUCACGCGUGGGAGGAGAGCCCCAAACAUAGCCAUCUUGAUGAUUCAAUCCAAAUCAUGCGUACUUUUACUAACCAGAUAUGGAAGCACGAUUCCAUAUUUUCGUCCCCCGACUUGAGCGAUGCACUCAACUUUAUCUCCCACCACUCAAUUCCUGGAUGCGAAGACCAAGUGUCCGAGUUAAUUAGAGCCACCGUGAGAGAACUUUGGAAGAGCUUCAUGAAUGCUAAUGAUGAUGAUGGUGAGGAGGAGGAGGAAGAAAAGGUUGCGGUCAUGAAUAACAUCUGUACCACCUUUACCGGCAUGACUCGGAUACUAAGGCCCGUAACACAGCUCUCGGUGAAACCCCGGGCUGCCAAGGGGAUCAUUGAAGCCGUUGUUGAGUGUGGACUUCUCGAUUUGGUCGGAAGAUUGUUGCUCUCCAUGGAGCCCUCAAUUUAUCAAUUGUUCCCUUCCGGUGCUGAUGAAUCGAGCGAGUGCCCUCGUCGUUGUAUAAAGAACUAA